AUGACUGUCAAGGGCGGAACCACCCCAGCCUGCGCCGCCUGCAAAUACCAACGCCGCAAGUGCAGCCCGGCCUGCCCCCUCGCCCCCUAUUUUCCGGCCAACCAGCCCAAGAUGUUCCAGAACGUCCACCGCCUCUUCGGCGUCUCCAACGUCACCAAGAUCCUAGAGAAGCUCACCAACAAGCUGGACAAGGACGACGCCAUGCGUUCGAUAAUCUACGAGUCCGACAUGCGAGAGCGCUUCCCUGUGGCCGGCUGCUGCGGCGUGCUUGCGCACCUGCAGCAGCAGCUGAUUGCUGCAACCAAGGAGUUGGAAUACGUCAAUGCUGCCCUGCAGGUCUGCAGGAACCCGUGCCGGGAGCAGAUGGUCGAGCAGGGCCAGAUGGCCGAGCUUGUACGGGAGCAACAACAGCUGCAGAUGGCCGAGCAGGAACAACAACAACAACAACAUAUAGUCGAGUACGGAGGUGAGCAGUUUGUUUUAAAUGAUGGAGCGGAUAUGAUGAGCGUGAUUCGGGCGUUUGGAAUGCAGACGGAUGUUGGUUUUGAUAGUGAAGCGCAGCAACUUAGCAAUGAUAUAUUUGAUCAUGACAGAAAAUCUUAUUAUAAUCCAACUAGUACUAUACAUGAAGAAUUUGAGUCCAGUAGCCUGGAAUCAACAUUAGAUGAUGCGACGGAACAAUCAACGUUACAUGAUGCGACGGAACACGGAUGCCGGAGGGUGUGCGGCUACCGGAACCGAAGGGAGCUGAUUAGAGUGUGAAUGGUCUCGAUUUUUGUUUCAAAUAAACAAUGGACUGAAUAUUUUGAUUUCGUCCCAUCAUCCUCCUGCAUCUCCAGCUCUGGAUCCGGAGCUCUGCGUUGCUGUCUACCGUUGUAUGGUGCUUCCUUUUGAGGCAGGUAGUACAGCCACGGAGCCAGCUGGAAUCGCUCAGUCAAAGUCGAAUGUGAUGAGGAGGGGGAAGGUGGACGAUGGCGCUGGAAAUUGCGUCCAUAGAAGUCUUUGUCUUCCUUUUUUUUGUUAUCAAAUGAAUUGUUUUCAGUUUUAUUGUAUUUUGUCAAAGUGCUCUUUAAGAAUAAACACGUUCGAUGAGUUUGAGCUACUUGUGCUCAAGCGAUCAUCGAC